CAGCAUUUGUACUUUUGUUGUUAUCACGCGAGGCACACGUCAACUUUCUAUGCGUAGACGUGACCAUCUAGUUUUUCCAGACCGGCAGUUUUGAAGAAGCGAUGAAACGCGCAACUACCAUUAGCCGUCCCGUCGAAAUCGGUCUCCGUUUUAUUGGCAUGUGGCCGGACUCGGCCUACCCGAAUGUCUAUUGGUCUAUGUACAUGACGAUGAUUGUGAUAUUGCAAUAUUUUCAAUAUUCGUACAUUGUUGUGCAUUUUAACAUGAGUAAUCUUAUACCUUUAGCUGAUUGUUUGGGUAUCACCCUGGCGAAUAGUCUCGGCUUUUUUAAGCUAUUUUCAUUACGGUGGAAUCGGAGGAUAUUCCAUAAUAUCCUGGCAGCAAUGGACAGAGACUGGAAUGAUCGCGUUAUCAACCAUUCUUAUUCCAUCAUGAUGUCACACGCAACUAAAUCGCGUCGUUGCUCCGUCGUGCUCAUCGGUAACCACAUUUUAGCUGGUUUUGUCUUAACAAUCGUCGCUUACAUUUUCCGCCCGCGGAGCAAUGCUGGCGGCGAGGUUUCUCGAGAAUUCCCAAUGAAAAUGGAGUUCACUUUUGCGGUCCUAGAAUCUCCGCUUUUCGAAUGCAUUCUCGCCGUCCAAAUGUUUUACAUAUUGUCGCUGGCCUCUGUAGUUGGUAUGAUAAACGCGUUGCUUGCUACAUUGGUAAGUAUACGAUAAUUCAUUGUAAAUCCCUCUUUGCCAUUCUAGAUGCGAGGAAACUGCAAUUGCCAAUAAAAAUUCGCCUUUUUUAGUUUCCGUUUUGUGU